AUGCCUUCCAAAAAAUCCAUACAAGGAUUCAAGAACGUCGAUCGAGUUUCAAUUGAAGCGCCCGGGUUAUCUCCACAGUCAAAUCACAAUUCCUCAUCCGAUGACGAACAAGAUGAGCAGGAUGACAUUUCGCAAUCCGAUUCAGAUUCAGAUUCAGAUUCUUUAGACAGUCAAGCUUCACGGAAACGGCAUGCGCAAACCACUUUUGCUGCCUUGGAUGUGAAGCCAUGGUUGGUGGGAUCGCUGGGAUCUAUGGCUAUCAAGCGGCCUACAGGAAUUCAAAAGGGCUGCAUACCAGAAAUAUUAAAGGGAAGAGACUGUAUAGGAGGUAGUCGCACAGGUUCUGGAAAAACAGUGGCAUUUGCUGUUCCAAUCCUACAAAAAUGGGCUGAAGAUCCUUUCGGGAUCUUUGCUUUAGUGCUUACUCCCACGAGAGAAUUGGCAUUACAAAUUUACGAGCAAUUCAAAGCGAUCUCAUCUCCCCAAUCUCUCAAGGCUGUCCUGAUAACGGGAGGCUCGGACAUGCGACCCCAGGCAACGGCCCUUGCUCAACGACCACAUAUUGUUAUCGCAACCCCUGGUAGAUUGGCAGAUCAUAUUCGAACCUCGGGCGAAGACACAAUCGGUGCUUUACGUAGGGUGCGCAUGGUGGUUCUUGAUGAAGCGGAUCGAUUACUUGCAUCCGGUAGCGCAGGAAGUAUGCUACCAGAUGUUGAAGAAUGUCUAUCUAUCCUUCCACCUCCCGCCAAACGACAAACCUUAUUGUUCACGGCUACAGUCACUCCAGAAGUGCGAGCUUUGAAGGACAUGCCUCGCACACCAGGAAAGCUUCCAGUUUUUGUUUGCGAAGUGGAUACACAGGCUUUGGCAAUUCCACCUUCAAUCGCAUCUGCAGGUACCGAUCAUCGAGUCACGGCCCUCCAUUCUAAACUUCCACAAAGACAAAGAAUUGAUAAUUUGGGUCGAUUCCGUGCCUCUGCGGCCAGAAUUCUAGUCGCGACUGAUGUAGCUGCUCGUGGUCUUGAUAUUCCAGAGGUGGGUUUAGUAAUUAACUACGAUAUUCCUAGAGAUCCAGAUGACUAUAUUCAUCGAGUUGGUCGUACAGCCAGAGCUGGAAGAAAAGGAGAAGCCGUUUCAUUCGUAGGCCAAAGAGAUGUACAGUUGAUACAGGCCAUUGAGAGUAGAGUAGGAAGACAGAUGGAAGCUUGGGCCGAAGAUGGCGUAAAUCUGGAAACGAGAGUAAUCAGAGAAUCGCUGAAGUUAGUAGGAGAGAAGAAACGUGAAGCUAUGUUAGAAAUUGAGGAAGGAAGGGAAGUUGGUGGAAAGCGAAAGAGGGGCAUGAAAAAGCUGAGUUGA